UGGGCGUGACAACACCGGCGUUUUAUAUCCGUGUAGAGGAGCACGUUUCAGCAGUACAACGCGACAUUCGUACGUGUCGGCGUACUAGCUGAAUAUGUCUGGAAGAGGAAAAACCGGCAAGGCCCGUGCCAAGGCUAAGACCCGCAGCUCCCGCGCAGGUCUCCAGUUCCCGGUCGGGCGAGUCCACCGGCUUCUCCGCAAAGGUAACUAUGCCGAGCGUGUGGGCGCCGGAGCGCCGGUGUACCUAGCCGCCGUGCUGGAAUAUCUCACGGCUGAGAUCCUCGAGUUGGCCGGAAACGCCGCCCGGGACAACAAGAAGACUCGCAUCAUCCCUCGCCACCUGCAGCUGGCUGUGCGCAACGACGAGGAGCUCAACAAACUUCUCGGCGGCGUCACAAUCGCCCAGGGCGGCGUCCUGCCCAACAUCCAGGCCGUCCUGCUGCCCAAGAAGACCGGACAGUCUACUCCGAGCUCCGGCAAGGGGGGAAAGAAGGCUUCCUCCCAGUCUCAAGAGUAUUAGCCACAUGGCUAGUAAUUUUCAUCGCAACGGCCCUUUUAAGGGCCACCCACGCUGCAUUGAAAGAGCAAAUGUUUUGUUUCGUCACUUUUCUUUGUGAAUAAACUGCUUUGUAUAAAGGUG